GCGGCGACCUUCGAUGCGCACAGGCAUAUCCAAACACGAUGUUUGACCAAUUCCGGUUCGGGGCAGGCAUGAAGCGAUCGGUAGUCGACGAGGCUCCAUCGCGCCCUGCGCCCAAGAAGGCCAAGCCGACCGCGCUUGUGCGCAAGUGGCAAGAGCGCUACCAUGGCAUCUGCGACGUCUGCUUUGACACUGUGACCGAGUGCAGCCACCAUCCCGACGUGGCCUUGCGCCUGCUGAUCGUGGGGCACAACCCGUCCGAGAAUGCGUGGCAGAGCGGCUUCUCGUACAGCAACCCGUCCAAUCGCAUGUGGAAGCUGCUCAUGGGCGACUUUCACGGCCAGAGCUGGCCCGGCGUAUUGCCGCCCGACUGGACCAUGGCAGACCAAAACGCCAUGCCGCAUGAGCUCGGCGUUGGCUUCUCCGACCUGGGCCACGAGCCUGGCAACGACGCGGCGGCGUAUGGCAAAGCGACAAUGCAGCAAUGGACCCGCGAGUUCUACGACCGCAUGCGCGCGCACAUGCAGCGCGUCCAGGCGAAUCUGCACGCAACCGCAUCUGGCGAUUGCAGCAGCGUCUAUGCGCAUGGCCCGAUGCUUGUAGCGUUUAUGGGCAAGCGGCAAUACACCUACCUCUUUGAUCCGCCGUUGAAAAAGGUCGACACGGGGCAUCAAGACCCGUCUACGCUGCCGCCCGACUGGCCGCUCCCGCCGUCGUGCGAGGUGUGGGUCCUCCCGAGCUCCAGUGGCCGCGCGGCCAUGACGGACAAGGCGCGCUGUGCGCCGUACCGGGAUCUCGCAGCUCGAUUUCACGCUAUUCCAUGGCCCUCGCCGGCCAACGCCAGCUGCCACGUCAUCAAAUCAGAAGACAUCAAGUCGGAGGACGACGGCGCUUGCAUGAAGACAGAAUAAGAUCCGAGUUGAGAGUAUUGUCUAUCCUCUUCCUCCGUUAUAAAUGCAACGCAGUUCUUACUUGCGC